AUGGAGAAAGGAGCGAUCUCUGACGGGCAGAUUAGUGCUUCGUCACAGCUCAAUGCCAACCAUGAGGCCAGCCAGGGUAGGCUGAACUUGAAAGGAUCUUGGUCAGCUUACGCUAAUGACGCAAAGCAAUGGCUACAGAUUGAUCUAGGUAGCAAUCGUCUCACUGUCACACGGGUGGCAACUCAAGGAAGUAAUUUCCAGAGCCAAUGGGUAAUAAAUUACACGCUGAAAUACAGCGACGACGGUCUUAAUUUCCAGUUUUACAAACAACAAGGACAAAGUGAACACAAGGUUAGACACCUCUGCAGACUUUUACAUUGUGGGGAGUUUGUUACUUUUUUAAAGAUGUGAUUCUUGCUUGUCAAAAACAGUAGAUACAGUGCAUGUAACCCUCAAACCCAAAAAAUUAAUUAUCAAAGUAAUGAUCUUGUAUGUUUUGAGAUCUUGUGCAUCCUUUACCCCUUCGUCAGUGAACUGUACUUUUUUUUCUUCGUCAUUUCGUUCACCAUACUUAAUUCCUCAUUAAACUCCCUCUAAGCAGUCAGUGGGGGUGAGUGAGGCUAAUAAAAGUUUCCAGCACCAAGCAAACAAGAAGGGGGUUCAUUUGGGGUCGAGGAUAAUUUGUGGUCCGUUUUAGCCAUCCUUUCCCUUUUGGGGUGUUGUGGUCGGGGCUCAUUUGCUGUACUAUACAAUUCCCCUGUUCCUCAAAAUAAUUUUGAAAUUCACUGUUUUCUAAAAGUAUAAAUUUUAAUUCACUUGUUCCCCAAAAUCCAAUGCUGUUAGCGUUUCGAAGUUUCAAACACAUAGAGUUGUAAUAGGGCAGGCCUAACCUAUUGCAGAACCUGAAAAGGCAUCAGGGUAACGCGUAAAGAAAAAUGGCCGGUAGUUCUUUGGAAGGAAAAAAACGGCUUCAGGCCCCAGUCAACUCACAACCAAGUCACAACCGACUGCAAUAGACCAGAGAAGCAGCAAAAUUGUCAAACAAUAGAAGUCUGACAGUACAAUGCAAAAGUUUAUUUGAAAAUGAUAUUAUUUUAAACUAGAAAAUCAAUGUCCCUCUGUUACUGGAAAGACUCAGCCGUUAACCUGUUCUCUAGAGGUCAUUUCAGGAUACUUCUUGUUUCGCCCUAAAAGUAAAUGGACAAGCUCCCUUUUGGUCGCCAAAACCCCCGCUCAAAUUUCAUAUUCAUAGUGUAUGUUUUAAAAUCCCUUGUAAAAAAGUACGAUAAUCGAGUUAAAAACCCCUCCAUACUAUCACAACAUCAAUAAUAUUCACCAGAAAACACUAAAUUUUCUCCAAAUGAUUCCACUUCUCAACCAAAGACAAUCAUAUUUGCAUGACUACAUGCUACCAUGAACAGCUUUCAUUCGCAUCAGAGGUUACGUCUAGGAGUGCAGGGACCAGGGUGUUCUGCAAUUCAGUACCUGGUGAAACAAAAUGUCAUCCUUUCGAUUUUGAAUAGCAGGCAAAUGGCGCAAAAACCGCGACGAAUUGUCCAUCUAAGUGCUGUUUUUUAUUUUCUUUUUUUGACCUGCUUCAGGUGUUUGUUGGCAACACAGACGAGAAUACUAUCGUUUAUAACGAACUCAAUGGGUCGAUUGUAGCACGCUACACACGUUUUCAACCAACAGCUUGGCAUAACCAAAUAUCAAUGAGGGUGGAACUAUAUGGCUGUAAAGGUACUUUUCAUUGGUAACGUCCCUCUUUUGUGGAAUUAGGAAAAAAUACAAACAAAUCCUUGUUUAAUUUAUCACUUUUGGUGGCCUUUACUACUGUAUUGCCAAAUAAAUAUUAACCGUCAUGGCUUUUCUUGACCGCUGAAGAAACCUAUUCAAUUUCCUAUAUUGAAUUAGGUUUCUCCUAAGUCAAGAAAUCUUUAAUUCUGAUACUUUGACUUCGGCGUAACUUCAUAGAAUGCCCAAGAUAGAAAAGAAGGAAUUCAUGACUCACGUUGUUCCUAUGCAUUGUGGAGACCCUUCGGGAAAACAACAAACAAUAACAAACAAACAAAAAUAAAGUUCUGACGAACUAAGAGAUAUUUCAUCUCAACGCUUUGUUAUUGAGCGUAUAUGUUGUGGUUCAAUUUUUUCCUUGGUUUAAAUUUCAUUUUCCUUUGUUUUAAACUCGUUAUGAUACAUUACCAUACCCCCAAACAAACGAAAAUAAAAUUUAAACCAUGGAUAACAUUGAACAACAAAAUAUACAUGCCUUUUUCUGUCGCAGUUAAAGAGUCCUAGGUCUACUUUAAAUGCUUAUGAUUCUAAAGAUUAUAAAGGGCCGCGGAAGAUCGAAGUAUAAUGAAAUCGAGAGUAGCUUAUUGGAGGUUUGUUUGAUAUCGCCAUCUUUACUAAUGGAACGAACCGAACUUGUUCGUUUUGUUAGGAAACCACGUAUACGGCCGCUGGUUUCUAGAUGGCACUGAUCCAGAUGUGGGGUAAGUUGGGUUAUAUAUGUCUUGUUUGUUCAAGGUUUGGUGCUGGGAGGGGGCGGACAUGUGGCGUUUUAUGCCCUACCCCUAUUUCUUAUUUCGCUUCCCCUCUUAACUUUCUCUAACUCUUAAAUAUAUUUUCUGAUUUACCAUUCUCUCUUGAGAAUGGUUUCAGUAUCACCUCAAACUUAUGCAUUUGCCUUUCUGACUGCUGCAGAUGGCAUUGCACUCAUAGUGUUAACUGGUUAAAUUUUUGUCUUAUAACGUAGGAUUCGAGAGUAAAAUAGUGGCUUGCAUGUUCCUAUGACAGGUAAUUCUUUUAUUCACAGCUAGAUUCCAUUCAUUGGUUUUUGUGAUCUUACAGGUAUUUUGGUACUGUUAACCAUACUAAAGGCUGGUGUCCUGGAAGCAAAGCAGCGACUUUCAGUCAGAAUAGUUCGUAUGCUACUGUGCCCAACAUUAACAUAACAACCUGUGACUUUACAAUUGCUUUUUGGGUAAAGUAUAUUGGUGUUGACGGGCCUAUACUGGCACUUUGGUCAAAGGGUGGAAAACUAUUUUACGUGACGGUCAAGAAUUCCCGACUCAUUUUAUCGAUACACAACGCUUUCGACUUACAAAUCAAUUACUGGAAUCACGUAGCAGUAACCUGUCAGCUGCACAAGAUCAAGGUGUUCGUUAAUGGUACGGAGGAGGCAUUGAGGGACGAAUGGGAUGAAUAUUUCUUCUCAUCGUUGGGCCGUUAUCAGUCAGAGUAUAUCAUAGGAAAUGAUCCAGAUUUCGUCCAGAUGCCAAUGGCAAGUGGGGUGUUUGUUGGAGCAGUCAUGGAUCUUUAUGUGACUGGAAUAGCUUUAUCUGGGAGGCAGGUCUAUGACCUGAGUAAAGGUGAGAGUAGUAUAGAGGUCAGUUGGAAGUUAAAAAAUUGAAUGUUCUUUUUAUAGUCCUGGUUUCAGGCUUUUAAAGAUUGUGGUAGCAUAAUGUUUUGGCGUAAUUCGUAAUAAUUUUUAUCAAUUUUCCAAAAACUAUUGUAAUAAUUUGCACUUUUGGCUAGUUUAACAGCUCAAAAUUGAUCAUGUUAGCACUUAUUUUGGCCCGAGAGCAGAAUUACAUGUAAAUUUAAGUGACGAAAUAAAUUUUUUGUCUGCUUAUUGUCAUAUUCAUUGGACUUAGGUCCCGCAGGAAUUAAUCAAUGGUGAUAAUCAAGAACUCUUUUUACAGGACUCAACGCAUGCACAUCAUUAGCUCGAUUACUUAAGAUGGCGUCAGCGUGCUGGUCGUUAAUUCUGGUUUCAGUUUUUGUAGUUGUUAGACAGUUUUGUAGGUUUAGUGGUGUACCUUUCUACAUUCAUCUAUCACUGAAAAUAUAUCAGUAGAAAUCACUAAAUAAUCGCAGUAUUAUUCUCAUUAUUUAAAGGCAAACCAAUUACACCCGUGAUAAACAACAAAGAAUCGGAAAUACAUGGUUGCAAAGUCAAUAUAACUUGGAGUAGGAACGUAUGCACCGUAACGAAGACCACUAUACGGUUUAGGGAGAUAAAGCCGCUAGGCGAUGAAGCUGAAUGGAGCGAAUUAAAGGUUCCUGCAACCACCUUUCAUCUUUUAUCUCUGGAAUGCGACAAGUGGUAUGAAAUUGGAGUGUCUUCCUGGUCUGGAGAACUUCAAAGCGACUGGUCAGUUUCUUGGAAAUUUAAAACCCGCUCUACAGGUGUGACAUUACCUUAUGUAUGUUUAAUAAUAGCUGAUAGGUUUUGGUAUUGACACCAAACCAUAUCCAGUUGAACCUCUGCUUAAGGGUCCACAAUAGCCGGGUUCUCAAAUCCCGCCUUCCCGCUAGUUUUUUUCUUCUUAAUUCCGCGAUCCCGCCUGUUUUUACGUGCGAAUUCCGAUCCCCCUUUAUAGUCCGCUACACAGCCACAAAGUUUUUGUGGAGGAGCGUUGGGUGACAGCUCUAAAAACUGCUGUGUAGCAGACUAGAUCUCGCCCUAAUUUUUUUACGGGUUUCCUGCUUUCAUUAUUGAAAUAUUAAAACGUUAUACAAUGUUUAAGACUUGCUUUCUUGCAAUAGGCAGCUUUGAUGUUUAAGGCUCUUGACUUAACCAUUAAUAGCCUGAGCCUGGGGUCAGGCUCCGUGGUGGGGAAAAAAGGCAAAAAACGGGGUCAAUUUUUUUCUCCCUUUUCCCCCAAGGCGGAGCCUGGUCCAAGGCUAAACCAUUAACGACUGUAACUUUAUUUUCUGUUUUGCUUAUUAUUAUUUUGGGGGGCGCAUCUAUACAAAAAAGAAGGUUUACUUCGAUCUGAGUUCUGGCGAUUUGGAAACAGCCAGUUGAGUAAGGUAGAUGGAUGUUUCGAUUGAUUUACUGCUAGGUUGCAUUAGGCGAUGAAGCCAAUUGUCUGCGCUGACAACGGCUCAUACCGUGCUAGAUGGACCUUGACCUUAUCUCUAAUCUGUCAAUCAAACCGGCGGUCGCAAGACUGUUAAGCCAAUUUUAAUUACCAACGGAGGAACGACGCGCUCCAGCCCAAAAAGUCAAAUUAUCUUUAGAAAAACAAGCUGGACUUUAAAAAUCAUUG